GUUCGAAGUGGUGGCCAUGACUAUGAAGGACUUUCUUACACGUCAGAAGUCCCAUUUGUGAUCGUUGAUCUUGUUAACCUACGGGAAAUAAAUGUCGAUGUAGAGAAGAAAACUGCAUGGGUUCAAGCUGGUGCAAGACUCGGUGAACUAUAUUAUAGAAUUGCAGAAAAAAGUCGAACCUUAGGAUUUCCUGGUGGUGUUUGCCCAACUGUUGGUGCUGGCGGACAUAUCAGUGGAGGAGGUUAUGGAACAUUGAUUAGAAAAUAUGGGCUGGCAGCUGAUCAUGUAAUUGAUGCACGAAUCAUAGACGUGAAUGGACGAAUUCUCGAUAGAAAUUCCAUGGGUGAAGAUCUUUUCUGGGCCAUAAGAGGAGGUGGAGGUGCCAGUUUCGGAGUCAUCCUUGCUUGGAAACUGGAAUUGGUGGACGUUCCAGAAAAAGUCACCGUAUUCACAGUUGCCAGGACUUUAGAACAGAAUGCAACAAAUAUUGUUGAACGUUGGCAAUACAUUGCACACAAAUUCGAUAAAGACUUGGCCGUUAGAGUCUUUCUAAGAAGGGUGAAUUCAAGCCAAGAUGGCAAGAGAACUAUUCAGGCUUCGUUUCAAUCAUUGUUUCUUGGUGGUGUCGACAGAUUGCUACCACUGAUGCAACAAAGCUUCCCGGAAUUGGGUUUGCGAAGAGAAGAUUGCACGGAAAUGAGAUGGAUAGAAUCAGCCCUAUACAUCUACGGGCUUCCCUUCGGAUCACUUGAUGUUUUGCUUAAUAGGACUCAGGCAAAUGUGCGAUACUUUAAAGCAAAAGUAGACUAUGUUCAGAAACCGAUUUCUAAGAAUGGGCUUGACGGCAUAUGGACACGGUUUUACGAAGAGGACGCUGGGGAAGCUGAGAUGUUGUUGGUCCCAUAUGGGGGAAGAAUGGAUGAAGUUUCAGAGUCUUCCAUUCCCUUCCCACACAGAGCUGGUAAUUUGUAUCAAAUCCAUUAUAUGGUGAAUUGGGAUGAAGAAGAGGCGUCAGAAAGGCAUAUAAAUUGGAUUAGAAGACUUUAUAGUUACAUGGCUCCUUAUGUUUCCAAGUCUCCAAGGGCUGCAUAUAUCAACUACAGAGAUCUUGAUAUAGGAGUUAAUAAUAAUGGCAAUACAAGCUAUGCACAAGCAAGCAUUUGGGGACGAAAAUAUUAUAUGAAUAAUUUUAAAAGACUGGUUCAAGUGAAAACCAAGGUUGAUCCAUCUAAUUUCUUCAAGAAUGAGCAAAGUAUUCCACCUUUCUAUUCGAGGUGGAACAAGAAUGGAAAAUAGGAUAAUUCCACCUUUUUUUAUAAUAAGUUGCUUGUCGAUUGACUUGUAUUAAUGUGAUUAAGACCAUAAUUGUUAACUAUGCCAACAGAGAUUGUAUUAAUAAAUAGUACAUUUAUUAAUAAAAUACAUCAAUUUUCCA